UCCGGUUCUGUGUCCUUUCGUUGUCCCGCAAGACAAAGACAUGGCCAAUGAGCCUUGUAGGAACCAAAGUUGCCCGGAACUUACUUACGCGAGCGGCGAGGGAAGGUUUUCCUAGCUGUCUCGGCUUUCGGUCGUGCUGAGCUCGGAGUCGGCCGAGGGACGCUUUCGAAGGGGUCAUGCCGGGCGUGGGUCUUCUGUGCCGGCUGGGUUCGCGGCUGCUGUCUAGAGGACGUCACGGCUCGGUCCUCGCGGCAACCGAGACCGGAAUUGGGAAUAGGGGUCUUUGGUGUGUGAUAGCCAGGAAUACUAGUAACAAUGCCACAUGGUGGGAUGAGCACCUCUCAAAAGAGAAUGCUGAGUUCCUGAAGAAGAUAACAACCGAAGAAUUCAACGCUCAAAUAGCUAGUAAAAUGUGUCCACUGAAAGAUGAGCCCUGGCCUUUGCACGAAUGGAAACCAGGGUCCAAAAGAGUUGGCGUGGUCGCAGUGAAGUUGGGAAUGAUACCCUUAUGGACCAAGAAUGGUGAAAGACUUCCUGUCACGUUACUUCAGGUUAAAGACUGCCAUGUUUUAAAGUAUGUUCCAAAAGAAGACAGUGAUGGAAGAUAUCCUUGUCUAGUCGUGGGAGGAAAAAAUGGGUCUCCAUUUCAUAAAGGUCAGUCUCGACUGGAGAUGUACAGAGAACUUGGCCUUCCUCCAAAACAGAAAAUAACAUCAUUUAACGUGUCAGAGAAUGCUAUCAUUAAGCCAGGUACUCCACUGUAUGCUGCUCAUUUCCGCCCUGGGCAAUAUGUGGACGUCACUGCAAAAACAAUUGGUAAAGGCUUUCAAGGAGUCAUGAAAAGAUGGGGAUUUAAAGGCCAGCCGGCCAGCCAUGGCCAGACCAAAACACACAGACGACCUGGAGCAAUUUCCAAUAGCGGGCUUGGACGGGUCCCCAAGGGAAAGAAAAUGCCGGGACAGAUGGGCAACUACUACAGGACAGCACGGGCGCUAAAGAUCUGGCGGGUCAAUGUGAAGCACAACAUCUUAUAUGUCCAUGGUACUGUCCCAGGUCACACAAAUUGUUUGGCAAAGGUCACUGAUUCAAAUUUACGUCCUUACCGAGACCACAGUAAGAACCUGCCAUUCCCCACAUAUUUUGCUGAUGGAGAUGAAGAGCUGUCUGACGAGCUGUACGAUGAAGAGGUUUUCCAGUUCACCGAGCCCUCCAUUGUGUUCACUUAGCAGCUGACAUCUUGAGGAAGGGGCAGCUUCCCCAUCAUAACUGUCUGCCCGAAAGUGCAAAAAGUUCAAGAAGCGCCCUCUGACAGCAACAGCCUUUCCACUCACCUUUAGACAACCUGCUGUUUUGGUCAAACACUUUCCAUACAACAGUUGAUGCUGCAGUUAAUUUAUAAUGUAUAAACUGUACAAACUGGGAUGCCAAUAAAUGAAGAGAGGCCGAAGAAUGACGGAGCAAAGGAAAGACAAUGAUACUUGUUGUCACCUCUUAAAAUUAACUUCCCUACCCCAGUACUAUCCAAAAUUAUUGUUUUUGGCAUGUCUGUGGUAGAAGAACCACUUGCCUCAAAAAAAAGUAAUUUUUUUAAAAAA